AUGAACUUUCGCUGCUUUGUGGAUGCGUUGAGAGAGGACGACGACUUGGCGGAAAUUGAGAUGGAGGUUGACCCGAUCUUGGAAGUUGGUGCGAUCAUCAGGAAAGUGUGCGAGACAAAUGACAAGGCACCGCUGUUGAAAAGGCCUAAGGGAAAAGACGGUCACCUAUUCCAGAUCCUCGGGGCGCCCACCUCGCUCCGUUCUAAUCCUGAACAACGAUUUGGUCGUCUUGCUCGCCAUUUAGGGCUAGCACCAACUUCCACCAUGAAGGAAAUUGUGCAUAAGAUCUUGUCCGCCAGAAACCUCAGAGCAAUCCCACCCAACAUUAUCUGUACUGGACCUUGCAAAGAAAACGUGUUGAAUGAAGGCCAGUUCGAUCUCAAUGCCCUUCCAGCACCACUCCUGCAUAGUGCUGAUGGUGGCAAGUACAUCCAAACAUUCGGAAUGCACAUCCUGAAUUCUCCAGAUGGAACAUGGACCAAUUGGUCAAUUUCAAGGGCAUUGGUUUCAGACCGAAAUCACCUGACCAUCAAUGCUGUCAAGCCCCAGCAUAUUUGGCAACUACAUGAGCUCUGGAAGGUGGAAGGGAAGUACAUGCCCUGGGCAUUGGCUUUUGGGGUUCCCCCUUCUGCUAUAAUGGCCUCCAGCAUGCCUCUUCCGGAUUAUUUCAGUGAGGCUGGCUAUGUUGGGGCGCUGACAGGCUUUGGAAUUGACAUGGUCAGGUGUGAGACCAAUGACCUACUAGUCCCGGCCACUUCCGAGAUCGUUUUUGAGGGAAUCAUUUCCCCGGAUGAGACCUUACCAGAGGGACCAUUUGGCGAAAUGCAUGGAUAUGUUUUCCCCGAAGAUUGUCAGAGUGGUCUUAAAGCUCGGGUAGAUACCAUUACCUUUCGGAACAACGCCAUCAUGCCAGUGUCUUGCCCAGGGAGACUCACCGAUGAGACACAUACUAUGAUUGGACCGCUCACCGCGGCGGAGAUUCAACAGCUUUGCCAAACAAAUGGCCUCCCCGUACGGGAGGCAAUGAUAUUGUUCGAGUCUCAGGUGACUUGGGCAGCUCUUCAAAUAGAUACGUCGCGACUGCGCUCUAUGAGAACGACAUCGGAGAGUUUCUCGAGACGCAUAGGAGACUUGGUGUUCAGACACAAAGUCGGCCUGAUCAUACAUCGUCUGAUUCUAGUCGGAGAGGAUAUAGAUGUGUACGACUUCAAAGAUGUCAUGUGGGCAUUCUCAACACGCUGUCGCCCUAACAUGGAUGAGUACUUCUAUGAAGAUUGUCCUGGAUUUUCCCUGAUACCCUACAUGAAACAUGGAAACGGGGAUUCUCAGAGAGGUGGUAAAGUAGUGUCUGAUGCUCUGAUGCCCAGCGAGUACGUCACAGGCUGCGACUGGGAGGUAGCCGAUUUCGCCCAUUCUUACCCUGAGGAUGUCAAAGCCAAUGUCAAACGAAUAUGGGGGCCGGUUGGACGUAAUGGCUAG